CAGGCUUGAGCCGCUCUAGGAUAUUGAGGUCUAGGCGGCUUUGGGAAGAAUCUACUUCUUCGGAGACAGUAGGGAUACACAAGUGCUGAUGGCUUCGUGUUCCAGAAAGCUGAGGUCUUGUGCCUUGUGGCUUGUAUUCUUUUUAUUCUGGCAACUCCAGCUGGCAAGCAAGGAAGACGGCUUGACGGCUGACACAACACAGGUUCUGAAUGAAGGCACCCAUGAAGAUGCCAGCUUAAUGGACACUAGCAAUAGCGAUUCUACCAUUACUGACAAUGAUGGUGAAUUAAGCCUGUCAGGUACCAGCAACAGUGACCACCUUACUGCGGACACCAACCAUGUUGGAACACUGAAAGCAAUCAGCAACAGUGGCCAUGCUUCUGCUAGCACAGAACACGUUACUAAGGAAAAAGCGAUCAGCAACAGCGGUCAAACUGCUGCUAACAGUGACAAUACUAUCAAGCUAGAAGUUAUCAACAAUAGAGGCAUUAUUACAACUUAUACUUUCAACCAACCAACGCCAGGAAUAUAUGGCCAAAACCCGAGCAUCGAGAACCAGUUGAGAUCUCUUGGCAUAAUUAAGUUUCUGGAACUUAUAUAUAAUCCGCAUAACUUUAUGUUCUUGUGCGACCAUCCUCCAGUCAAGUUCUCAUCGUCGUUCUUAGGGAAAUAUGAUGAUAAAUGUUUUGGGAACCACCACAGAGUCCAGUUUAAUUCAGUUCUAUCUCUGUGUCUUUAUACAUACAACGUGAUAUACGGGAGUAACUCCUUAAACUAUGCUGAAAUUAAAAUUACUUCAAGUAAUCAAAUAUUUGUUGUAUUCUAUGGCGAUGAUUUUGUUAACAUUUGUUUGCCAAUGUUCAUGAGAUAUAAUUACUGUAAAGACGAGGAUUUGUUUACUCUGUGUCAAGAGAAUAAUCAAAGUUUUGCAUUUUUUCAUUCCAAACGUUGUCCACGUUCACCACACCUACACGCUGACUACUUUUCAUUAAUUAUGCUCAAUUAUGUUAAUGGAAAUAGAGAGUGUAUAAGAACCAUUUGUCAGGGAAGUCAUAUGUUCAUCGACGGCGAGGUAGCUGGACUUCGUUUUCGGGUAACCAAUUUUAAUGUACUAAUAAAUAACACUUCCUGCUUUCAUAAAGUUAAUCCCAUUCGUUUAUUUGCUGCAGAUGAGAUAUACUAUAUUACAACUAACAUUCACUGGCCUUGCUGCUACCCUAAUUAUUUUGUGGCAUGGAAAGGUUGCCCAGAAGAACGUGGAUUGAUCGGUGCAUGGAAUUACCUGCCGCUAUCGUGUCGGAUAAGUGAGCUGGUACUUAUCGUGAUUGUGGCAGUGAUAAUGGUUAGUGGAGUGGUGGGCAACUUGAUGGUGGUAGUUGUGAUGCUGAUGGUGAUGGUAAUGGAGAACGGGCCACAAGAAGGACACGAGUCCAUUAUGCUUCGCACCUCCCUCGCUUUCUCUGACUUAUUAGUGUCUCUUUUUGUUGUUGUUCCUUCAUUUUAUUACCACCUGGAACCAUUUUUUACUCUGUUUUAUCGCCUUUUGAUAGACAGCCCAUACCUAAUCAGGGAGGACGAUUUUAUUUUGUUUUCUUACAUUAAACCGUUUGAUGAGGGAUUUCCUCUCUUUCAGGCUUUCUUGUUCUGCCUAUACUCCAUUGUAUCAUUAUUAACACUCUUUCUGUUGAGCGUGGAGAGGUUGGUGUUCUUCAGUAGACCCUCAAAGUACUGCGAAUACUUUACAGUGAGGCGGGUGUGGGCAGCAAUAACAUUCACUUGGGUUCUUGGCUUCCUUGACACACUCCUCUUCAUGUAUCACAGGGAUGGCUACUUUGUAACUCACUGGUCAACUUUCAACAAACUUCCCAUAUUCUUCUCAGUAUUUCAUCCAGAUAGCGUGUUCUAUAAGACACUGCAUAAUAGUCAGCUGGUACUAUUAGAAACGAUCAGCUAUUGUACUAUUGUUGUCUCUGUGCUAGCAAUCUGGACCUUCCAGAAACAACAGGCAAGAGAGUCUCGGGAAUGGAACAAAGAUAAUAUGGGAUAUUCAGGGCCAAGAGAUAAGGAAAAUAGACACAUUUUGGUGACUCAAAUUGUAAUGACUGUGUGCCUCUUUGUCUCUAACGUCCCCUUACACAUUAACAUAUUUUUCAUCUUCUUGACAGAAGGUCUAUCUAGCAUCUACAAAUAUGAACUGAUUUCUUAUAUUUGCUGGUGGCUCUUUCUCUCUGGAACAGCCUGGAACCGAUGGAUCUACAAUGCUCAGAGCAGAAAGUUCAGAAAUGACGCAACUCGGGCACUAAGAAAAAUCAUCCCUUGGAUGAGAGGUAAAGAUGAGAACACUGUAGGGAGGACGAAAAUGUUGUUAGCUCUGGGACUAGAAGCUAAACAAGAAUAACAGAUAAUAUUUUCCGCCUUCGAUUUAAUCUUAGUCAUGAUUACAAGUUUGUGUCGCACUGACUGGCUGGUUUAUGUGCUUAAAGCUUCUUAACUACAUGAGAAUCAUUGAAAUUUAAUCUAACCUUGUUCAUUACCAGUCAAGAAUGUUAUAAUACUUAAAUCACGGAUUACAGUAAACUCUGCUUAUACACUUCUUAGUGCAAAUAACCUUGAUGUACUGCAGUGCAGAAAACAAAAUGUCUGAAUGAUCAUUUUCCAAAUCUUAUCUAAGAUUUGCUUCAAGUUUUAAUUGUCAUUUUAUUAGAUUUGUAAUAUAAUAAACAUAUUUUUUAUUUCUGCUUCAAGGAACGUUAGAAGAUGUUGGCGAGGGGCUCUUGAUUCAAGGUAUGCGAGCCUGACCUCCCCUUCCAUUAAUUGUUUUUCAAGCUCGCAGGUUCUCUGGGGCCCCUACGGGCUUAACUCUCCUCCCAAGAAAGCAAAGUUCUUGGAAUGAGAGUUAUUAUAAUUUAUAAUGAACUUGUUAUCCCCUUCUCAUGUAUAACAAAGACAAAAACAAUAUGACCCAUUCAUAGAAUAAAUUUUGCUACCUAUUAUCAUCGUUCCUCAGUUGGUGCAGUGUAGAUUAUGUGUCUUACAAGACAGGAGUGUGUGUUAGUAAAAUGUAAAACUGUGUCUUAAUGCUGUGAUAUUUGAGUCGGAGUUGUGCAAGAGUGAGCUGAUAGGUUUACCUGGAGUUUACCUGGAGAGAGUUCCGGGGGUCAACGCCCCCGCGGCCCGGUCUGUGACCAGGCCUCCUUAGGUCAGUGUCCCAGGAUGCGACCCACACCAGUCGACUAACACCCAGGUACCCAUUUUACUGAUGGGGAACAUAGACAACAGGUUGAAAGAAACACGUCCAAUGUUUCUACUCUGGCUGGGAAUCGAACCCAGGCCCUCGCCGUGUGAAGCGAGAGCGUUAACCACCAGGCCACCAGAGCCCUGGAGUUUACCUGGAGAGGGUUUUGGGGGUCAACGCCAACGCGGUUCGGUCUGAAACUAGGCCUCACGGUGAAUCAGGGUCUGAUCAGCAAGGCUGUUACUACUGGCCUCAUGCAAGCUGACGUACGAACCACAGCCCGGUUGGUCAGGUACUGACUUUAGGUGCCUGUCCAGUGCCUUCUUAAGACAGCCAGGGGUCUGUUGGUAAUCCCCUUUAUGUAUGCUGGGAGGCAAUUGAACAGUCUUGGGCCCCGGACGCUUACUGUGUUGUCUCUCAAUGUACUCGUUGUGCCCCUGCUUUUCAUUGGGGAAUGUUAAGUUUAAUUUGUGAUAGUAAGUUAGGUGUGAAAUUUAGUUACAGGUGAUGGCAAUUUGGAGGUUCGUAUUAGUGAGCUAAUGAGUUGUUGAAAGAAUAUGGAAUUGAGAUAUUUGGCUGUUGGUAGGAAAGGAAAUUAAAAGCUGGACGGAAGGUUGGGGAGAGAGUUAAUAGGUUGAUAGAUGGGUAUGGAAGUUAGUGAAUUAGUUGUUGUAAAGAAGCGGAAUUUAAUUGUUUGAAAGGACGUAGAAGAGUUAAGGAAGUAGCUAUUAAUUAAUAGAUUUUUUGAAAUAUGUGGAAGUUAGUUAAUUGCUUGUUAGAAAGAUGUGGAAAUUAGUCACUGAUUUGCUAGAAAUGGAAUGUAAAUACGUGAAACUGAAUUGUAUAAGUCUUCUAGAGAGAUUUUGAGUUAUGUAAACAGUGUGUUUAUAAGGUAUUGCAAGAGUUUUCAGGUUCUUGAGGUGCGGCAGCUAAUUUUAGAGAUGUCACUGCUAGAUGUCAUGAUGUGACCUUCAUGAGUUCAUGAUGUCAAGGAAAAUUUUUAACAAAUACAGUGUUAUGAAAAGUAAAGAAAGAAUGAGAUUAAGUGAUUGGAUUAUUUCCACAUUGUAAUGAAAAUAUAACAAGAUUCAGUAAAUUUAUUUCAGAAAAUGAGCAACAGAAUAUAUGUGGAAAUAAAUGGUAUAAAAUAUCGACACAAUGGAAAUAUAAACACAUAAGUAGUAUAAUGUUAUGGUUUAUGACAACGUUUCGCCCACACAGUGGGCCUAUCAAAUCACAAACAGAUCUGUUUGUGACUUGAUAAAGCCAACUGUGUGGGCGAAACGGUGUCAGUAAACUGAUGUAAAUUACAUAAACUUUUUGGGUAAAUUGUAGACAGCCUGUACUGUCUGCACAGACAGCCCAUGCUGUCUGCCAGCUUAGUUCAUAUUUUGUGCCACUCAGGUGUUGCCCUCUGUAGCCAUGCCUCUCGGUGGCCACUUCAGCCUGCCUGGCCUUGCCACGCUCUGACUCACACAGCGGCCUAGCAGCAAGACACAAGUACCCCCAGCUCUCUCUCGUGGGAUGGCCCUUCCCGGGCCAUGGGCACAACACAAGCCUGUGUACCCACCACGACUUAACAAUAAAGAAAGAAGCCUCCGAAGAAGACAUUUAUCAUUAACCACCCGCUACAGCCUACCAAAUAAACCCAUUAAACAUUGGUAGCAGUGGUGGUCACAGCAGUUGUUUGCCCGGAGAGAGGAAGGAGAGGUAUGAAGUCAUCUUCACUUCAUCAUCCUACACAACAAGCAUCCGUCUCUCAACGAGUUAUCCUGAUGUCGUGUCUGCACGUUUGAGCAUCCAGACAUAGGUACAAGCAGGAUCCAGCUGAAAUUUGCCGAAAUUCUCCGAGAAUUGUAAGUGACCCCACGCUACAGCAUCCCACGCUACAGCAUCCCACGCUACAGCGUCCCACGCUGUUUCUCAGGUCACAUGUUCAGCGUCAGUUGUAUGUUGCUGCUGUUGUUGUUCAGCUCAGCACAGCUGUUUCAGCAAGACAGAGGUGAGUUUUGUGGUGAUUUCUGCAUCCAGUGUGAGCUUCUCCACGUGUUUGUGGGUGGGGGAGGAGGAGAGGAAGUGGCUGUUCCUCACCUUGCCCAUGCUCACCCUACUCACGCUCACCCGUCUACCAUACACCACUCACCACUGCUCACUCCCUCUGCUGUGUUUUCUGCUGUUUUUCGUGUGAUUCAUUGCCAGAGCUGUGUAUCCGAGUGCCCGAGGCCACUUGAAGCUACGUGGAUCAGCAUGCCACGUAGAUCACGACGCCACGUAGAUCACGACGCCACGUGGAUCACGAUGCCACGUGGGUGUGGGCGAUGUCACGUAUAUCUACAGGCCACGUGAGUUACCAGAUGUCCCAGGCCACAUGCUGUGGUCUGCUGCUUGCAUCACAUUGACGUUACCGACGAUGCUCCCCGACUUCAUGACGUCACGAUGUCUGCCUGACGUCACCUCGAGAUGUCUGCUGACGUCAGUGCUGCUGGCGUCAUCACGCCUGACAUCACAUGAUGUCACCAUCAAGUGUUCAGUAAUUAUUAAAAUAUUGUCGAGAAGACUAAGAGAAGAUAUAUGUCGUGUGUUAAUUCCUCUCAGUCAGUGUUCUCACAUGUUAGUGUACCGCAUGUACAGUGGUGUGUUUAAAGUUUCCGUGUGUCCAGUGAGGUCUGAGCCAGACCUGAGUAGCACCACUGUGUUAAGUCACCAGUGUGACCAGUGUGUUUGAGAGUUAUCAGACAGCCCCGAGUGACCGAGCCCUCUUGUACAGAAAGCUUUUAUGCUCGUCGCUUGUGAUGUUCUGCAGAAUCGUACCUGCUAUGAUUCCCAUCGAGAUUUGUUUCACUUCACCUCCAGACUGUCAGAGUGCAGUUAUAUGUAGAGAAACAAGUCUGGGGAUGCUCAGACUAACCUCUGCUAUAACUCCAACUGCCGAGAGAUUGAUACUCGCCAAGCCGCAGUUAGCCACUGUCGGCAGGCGCUGUGUCAGCCUCGUGUCACAAGCUUCAGUGAGCAGCCUUCACUUUGACUGCUAGCUCUUUCACUGCAGUCUGGUGUAUGAUGUUACGACUCCCAGAUGUUUCGCCCAGUCGUCUCUGCCACGACUCAUUCGACAACUCGCUCCACGCUCGCCGGCAGUGACAGCUCAGCUACAGUACCAGUCGAGAAGUGUCCUCCUGAGUCGCUUGCCAGAAGUCCUACCCAGUUGCUGAGUUUUGUCGACGCCUCACUCGAGGGCACCAGCAUGUCAUGCCCCAGGUUGAGUGAAACCUGCAGCGACUCCUACGAUGUCCGCUUCACCAUUCCAGAGGAGACCGUAACCUGUAACGUCACAGCUCAGCCGCAGCGAUGUCUCCUGUGUUGCAGUAUCUGUCCAGACGCAGGAAGGCGUGCAGUGAUGCCCUUCGACGCUCACUGCCUAUAACCACGAUGUUUAGCACACCCACAUGUUUUUUCUUCCCUCCCUGUAGGAAGUUUUUUUUUCCAUGUUAAUAUGUAUAUAUAUAUUUUUAUUUUGUGUUCUGUGCCCUGUUCCUACGAGAGAGAGACCGAGCUCCUUUUACCACCAGUAUUGUCGCGUCGGGACAACGCAUGGUAGGUGGCCGAGCGUAUGUAGACAGCCUGUACUGUCUGCACAGACAGCCCAUGCUGUCUGCCAGCUUAGUUCAUAUUUCGUGCCACUCAGGUGUUGCCCUCUGUAGCCAGGCCUCUCGGUGGCCACUUCAGCCUGCCUGGCCUUGCCAUGCUCUGACUCACACAGCGGCCUAGCAGCACGACACAAGUACCCCCAGCUCUCUCUCGUGGGAUGGCCCUUCCCGGGCCAUGGGCACAACACAAGCCUGUGUACCCACCACGACUUAAUAAAGAAAGAAGCCUCCGAAGAAGACAUUUAUCAUUAACCACCCGCUUGCAGCAUCUACCAAAUAAUCCCGUUAUAAAAUUCGUUUGUGAUGUAAGUGUUUGAGGCGACAUUUUGCGUCUUAGUGACGUAGGUAAAGAAAUGCCAAGAAGAAUUCUUGGA